UAUGCCAAUUCGCUAUGACGUCACUUACGCCGUAGCUUUGUGCUACGACCAAGUGUUGGCAGCCCUUAAUUUAUUCUGUUGAUAAUGAUUUGAUGUAGAUGAAGGAUUUCCUUUUCCUGAUUUGUAAAAGUGACUCUGAACACAAGAUGCUUUCAAUAUUGUGGAUUUUAACGGAGGCGAAGCGCUACGUAAAAACAACUGCAGCUCGACAUUCCAAACGUGUGUGUUCUAAAACAAUGGGUGACCGUCUGGAGGACCAUCUUCAAUGUCCCACCUGUCUGGACAUCUUCAAAGAUCCUGUCAUUCUUCCAUGCAGUCACAGCUUCUGCCGUGCGUGUCUGCAGCAGUGGAAGGACAAAGGAGAACGAUCGUGUCCACUCUGUAGGACAGAGUUUAGUUCGAUGGAUCCGCCUCCGAACUUGGCACUGAGGAAUGUGUGUGAGAACUCUUCACGGGCCUCAGUCAAGUCAGUUGACAUCUGCAGCUUGCACCAAGAGGAACUCAAACUCUUCUGUUUGGACCACCAGGAGCUUGUGUGCCAUAUCUGCAGGGACGCAGAAAUCCACGUUGGUCACAAGUUCCGGCCCCUGGAAGAAGUUGUGAAAGGUCAUCGUGAGGAACUCCAGAAAGGCCUGCAGAAUGCCAAGGAAAGACUCCAAGAUUACAACGACUGUCGAGAGAACUGCAAUGAACAGGUAGAGUACAUAAAAGUCCAGAAGGAGAAGGUCGAACGCAAGAUUAAGAAGGAUUUUGAGGAGCUCCGGUGCUUUCUCGACGUCGAGGAGGAGGCCAGGUUGGCUGCGAUAAGGGAGAAAGAGCAGAAGGAGAGUGAGAUCAUGAAGGAGAAGAUUGUGGUUCUGGGCCAACAAAUGACCGUUCUCUCGGAUGUCAUCAGGAGCACUGAGGAGCAGCUGGCGUCUGGUAAUGUUUCUUUCAUGAAGAAGUUCAAGACUGCUAUGAGCAGAAUCCAGGAGCUGCCUGAAAAGCCGCAGCUGCUGCCAGGAGGUCUGCUGGACGAAGCCAAACACGUGGGCAAUCUCAAAUUCAAGGUGUGGGAGCGGAUGAAGGAGACGCUCGCCUACAGUCCCGUCAUUCUGGACCCCAACACGGCCAAUCCAGGAAUCCGUCUCUCCGAAAAUCUGACCAGUCUGAGUUGGGAAGACGUACAGCAGAAGCGUCCAAAGAAUCCAGAGAGACCCCAGACGAGGCGGUCUGUGCUGGGUGCUGCUUUGGACUCGAGACACGUGUGGACCGUUGAGGUGGGAGACAACAAUGACUGGAAAGUGGGAAUCAUGUGGGGGGACCCUUGUUUGCCAGAGAAAAUGAUUGGUUGGUUUAUUGGAUUUUGUGAUGGUAAAUACCAAAAGCCCGGUGGCAAAUAUGGAGAAUGGAAUCCGCCUGUCAAAGUGCAGAGAAUCCGAGUUGAAGUGGACAUAAAUGAAAGGGUGGUGUCCUUCUCUGAACCUCUUACAAACACCGAAUUGUGGAACAUUGAGAAGCCUUCCACUUGGCCAGACUUGUCCAGUAACAACAAAAUGUAUCCUUACUUUCGCACAGGACAUUGGAGUCCUCUAAAAUUAAUCCCCUUUCCACCUUGUGUUACGCUAGCCAUCAGUUAGCGAUCGUGUUGACACGGCUUGAUUUUUUUGCUCUUCAAUGUCAUCUAAAUCAUUCCUUUUCUUUUAUCAAAUGAUUUGACUCUCAUUUAUUGUCCAGGUCAUGUCAUAAGACUUUACUAGAGUCAAAAUAAUGAAGCAGUUACUCAGCAUUUGAGUAUUCUUUUCUUCCAAUACUUGUGUGAAUUCAACUUUUAGUUUAAUGUGAGUCAUAUUUGGAAGUACAGUCAUGCUACUCUUACUUUUUGCUACUCUCUUGUUAACAUUGAUUUACCUGUAUUACUUUAAUAUUUGUACUACAAUCAUUUUUGGAUUUUAUAAGUUCUUUGAUUUCAUUUGAAAGUAAUGCUACUCUUACUCGAGUAAAAUGUUUGGCUUCUCGUCACAGUUUGAAAAAUAUAUCGGACACAAAUAACUAGAUUCUUUUUUCACAAAUAAUUUGGAUUGACGACUUUGACUUGUACUUGAGUAAUUUUAUUGAAUCGUAAUGCCACUCUUACUCGACUACCAUUUUGGGCUUUUACUGAUGACAUUAUUUUCAAAUUAAAUGAUUAUCAACACUUGCUUGGUAAUUGCGUAUUUUUUUCACCCAAUACUUUUUGACUAGUACUUGUGUACGUACUACUUUUACAUUUAUGUGAGUAAUACUUGAAAGUAACACUACUCUUACUUGAGUACAUCUUAUGGCUUCUCUCUUGAUAAUAUUGAUUUACAGUACUUGUACUUGUACUACUAUUUGUGGAUGGAUAAGUACUUGACUUUAUUUUGAAGUAACGCUGCUCUUACUCGAGUACAAUGUUUUGCUUCUCAUUUCAGUUUUAAAAAUAAAUCAAACGCAGGUGAUCGAAUACGUGAGUAUUCUUUUCAACAAAUACUUUUUUUGGGGGGGA